AUGAAUUCGCAAACAGGACCAUCAACCAGCACUGCCACCUCCAGCGGAGUUACCGAAUUGGCAUCAGUAACAGUCUCGUCGAGAAUACCGGAAUUUUGGUGCGAUCAGCCGCGUCUGUGGUUUAUACAAUGUGAAGCCAUUUUGGGACCACAAAAGUUGAGUGAUGAGGCAAGAUUCAACCUCGUCGUAGCCAAGCUCGGGAAAGAGGUUAUCCAGCAAGUCAGUGACAUAUUAUUGAAACCACCAGAUACCAAAAAGUUCGACGCAUUGAAAGAGCGUUUAUUGAAGGCUUAUGAAGAAUCAGAGUUAAGACAGUUUCAAAAACUUUUGAGUGGUAUGGAGUUAGGUGAUCAGAAGCCUUCACAGCUUCUGCGCCGAAUGAAAGAUUUGGCCCGUGAAAAGAUUCCUGACGAAACUCUUCGCAUCAUGUGGCAAGGACAUUUGCCUUCUUCCGUCCGUGCCGUGCUAGCAGUGAGUGAGAGUCAAGACCUGGAGAACCUGGCAGCAGUUGCGGAUAAAAUUAUGGAAACAUCAAGACCUUUACAAGUGGCAGAAGUGAACUCAACACCUCUCAGUGACAGUUCGUUCAUUUUGGCCGAAAUAGCUAAAUUGAGCUUAAAAAUCAGAGACAUGGAGAGAGGUCGAAAUCAAUAUAAAAGGUUUAACAAUAAUCGCUCGAGAUCACGUUCGACGUCUCGUGCCCGUAACAUGAGCCGCCGUACGCCGGACAGUCCAGGCUGGCUAUGUUACUAUCAUCAUAAAUUUAGACAAAGAGCAAUUAAAUGUGUGGAACCGUGUGCGUGGAAAAAACCUGAACAAAAGGAAAACUAA